UUUAACGCCAGUCCCCUAAAGCGUUGUUAUUUGUUCAGUUGUCUGUCGUCUUGUACUCACGUGUCAGUAGUCUUUCGCUGUCCACCAUCACUUUUAAACAUUUUUAAAUUUAAUAACCACAGCCAACAACAUAAUAAUAUGGAAUCCGUAACUAUACCCACACGAGCGUUUGUUAACGGUUCAUUCUUGCAGAAAUUCGCAAACAAGCCCGUAACAUUGAUCGGUAACGUGUUGAAGGUGAAUCCCGACGGUAAAUCUGUAACUAUGCAAACAACAGACGACCAAGUGGUGACUGUUAAUUUUCAUGAACCAGUUGAAAGCUCUCUAGACGGAUGGGUCGAAGUGCAUGGUUUGGUCAAAGAUAAAGGAACUGUAGCUGGAGAAAGUUAUUACAAUUUACCAUCAUCAAUAACUGAUGAUUUUGAGAAACCACAAUUUAAUGAAACAGUUUCACUGAUAUACAGUCUAUCAAACCCCUUGAAGUAAUGAAGAUAAGUGAAUUGUUGAUUCAAAUUUUAAUAUAAUUAUCUUAUUUUA